AAUGGUCCAUUUCCGUUUGUCUCUAAUCUUUAUUUUUUUUCUUUCGUGCGUGUCCUUUCAUUUCGGCUAAUCGCUGUUUGGACAAUAUUUACACCUGCUGAAUAUUUGUACAUUUUCGACAAAUAAAAAGACAAAAUGGACGAUUUCGACAUGCUCAACUCGCCGGCUGCUGGGAACGGUGUCGGCUCAGACGAGGACCCCGCUGCGGCGUUUUUGGCCCAACAGGAGAGCGAAAUUGCGGGGAUUGAAAAUGACGAAGGCUUCAGCAUCCUGGACAGCGGAGAAGUCCCUUCGUCGCUGACAGAUUCCAACGAUGGUGCUGUCAAUGGAGAGUUCCAUGGGGAAAGCAAUGGCCCAUCUGAUGCCUAUGCAGCAAUUUCCAACGCGGACCGCCUGCAAGCAGAACCUGAAAGCCUUCGCAAAUGGAGGGAGGAGCAAAGAGAGAGACUGGAGAUGCUUGAUGAUAACUCUCGCAAGCAGGAGUCUGAGUGGAAGAACAAGGCCAAGGUAGAGCUGGAAGAUUGGCAUGCCAGGCAAAACGAACAACUGGAGAAAACCAAAGCCAAUAACAGGGUGCUGGAUGAAGACUUCUACAAGCAGCCCUUCUCUGAACUCAUUGGUUAUGUCACACACAUUAACCAUCCUUGCUACCGCCUAGACCAGGCGGCCGAAGAGGCCAUGAUUUCCGACAUGGACGAGAACAAUCCCGGUACGGAAUGGGAGAGAGUGGCACGCCUUUGCGACUUCAACCCCAAAUCCAGCAAGCAGGCCAAAGACGUGUCCCGCAUGCGUUCUGUUCUGAUCUCCCUCAAGCAGUCGCCGCUCGUCCGCUAGGCUGCGCUCCAUAUCAUCCGGUUUUACCAUCAAUGCAAAUGCCAUCGACAGCUGCUGAUCCACAUCUGUAUUCUGAAAGGGGGGGAGAUGGCAUAAUUUCUUUCUGACCAUACCAGUUUACCACACAGAGGCAGAGUAUUCUUCUCCUGACAAGCUUGUAGUCAUCAGCCUUGGAACAGCAAAUCACACCAUCAAAGCAUCUGUUAUUAAUAAGCCCUUGAGAACAAUCAAAUGCAAGUCCUUGUUUAUUUCCACUUAGCCAGCAAAUGUUCACAUUCCCUUUAUACCAUGCUGUAAUCCUCGGGCACAUAUACAAUUAGAUUAUUUUCAUUUCUGAUUACAUGACAUUGUAGUCAUCCACACAUUGCAUUUCCUCUGAAUAUUUGUUUAAGGACCAAAUUUAAGAAAUUCAUACAAAUCCAGCGUUUGUUUUUCUUAAGUGUCUGCGUGUGGCCUAUUGUUUUCAAUCUAUGCAUCUUCUUAUGAAAAGCACCUCGCCUGUCAGGAAUUGUCCGGUAUAUAACAUUACGUUACAAUUGAAAAUGUGCUCGGUGUGUGUGUGUGUGUACUGUGUUCUAUGUAAAUUUACAGAAGGCAAUAUAUAUACAAAAUAUAAAACAUCUAUGUUAUAGAAUCAGUUGUGGUUUAAAUAAGAAAAAAAAAAAAAAAACUAGAUAUUAGUCAACUGUUGUUUAGCCACGCAUGUUCAUUGCCCACUUGUUUCAAUAUAAGUAAACAGUGAAUCAAAA